CUCGGUUCUCGUGAUAUUUGUCGAUCAGGGGCUGGAAGGUUUGGAGGGCUUCGGUUCACGAUCUGACACAUGACGCCAAGACCUGAUUGGACUUCCAGGUCGUGGACGAGUCGGGGAAUCAGAUCUCUGUACAUUUCUAUGAGCAUUUCUAGUGCCUCGUGUGUCACGCCCAUCCAUCGCUCAGGGAAGCGUAGGCGUUGUUGUGAUGGAAGCUCCGUCGCGUGCUGGGCCGAACCCUGGUUCUUUUCGAUAUUCUCAACUGCUCUGGUCUGCUCUUCUUUGGCAUGUUUGGUCCGUUUGCGAGUGCCUUCCUUUUGGACACAUUUCUCGAUGCAGACGGCUCCGGACUUGAACAUUUGUUGCUUGGAGAUGAUGUCCCAUUGCUCUAAGUUGAGUUAGCAUUGAUCUUAAACCUCUUGGGUAGGCUUAAAAAGCCAAAUGAUGAUACAGAUUCAUAACUUACCAAUAGUUAAUUCAUUUGCCGCACGAGCUCUGUCGUCCUUAGCAUCAAAGUAGUCAAAAUGGAAAGGUAUGAACACAUGUCCCUUGGCGAUAUCGCGGAUGGCGACUGCUAACUCAACACUGCCGCGGCGCGACCGCCCAACGACAUCUCCCCGUCCGCUAGAUGUAAAGCUUUCGCGUCCACCCGAGAAAUAUGAAUGACUGGCUCUGGGUCUUGCAUCCUGAAGCCGCUUCGAGCGUCCAGUCUUUGUCCGUGUGUGGAAAUGAUAGACAUUUCUUCCAGUGGUCAGAUGAAGAGAGUAACUACUGGUCGGCCUACCACUUCAAUGGGUGGCUUGUAGUGAGCUGCUUUCAAAAUUGCUCUGCCUCCAGGAUUCAUUCCCAUGUACUGUUGUUCCGUGUAGGGCGCGCCGGUCUCCAGAUCAUGUCCGAACGACUCGCAGUAUUGCGCGUCUGUGAAGAAUUUGACAUCUUCGAACAAACGUUCUUUGCCAUGGGGAUAUUCUGCUAUGCAUGGCCACUAUAUCCCCGACCCCCCGGUCAAUUUAUCAUAUGACAAAGCGCUGCAGUCCAGCGGGCGGCCGAACGACAUCCGCUUCCAUGCUUCAAACACCUCUUCAAAAUGCGUGUACGGAAUGAACGGCUCGCCAUCUUCAUUCCUGAAAUCCAUUCUCUUUGCAAAGUCAAGUCAGAUAUCCAGGUCGACUUUGGCUUCGCCGGUAGGGUCCACUGCUUUCUGAGAUAGAUGCAUAGUCCGAUCAGCGUUGGUGAAGCAUCCAGUCUUACCUUACCUCCCCAUUGAGCUGCGGGGAGAACCACAUCUGAAAAAGCUGCAGUUUCUGUUAGGAAGAUAUCUUGCGUCAUCACAAAUAAGUCUGGUUUAGAUAAUAAAUUCCGAAUCCUGUGUAGAUUCGAAAGACCGACGAGCGGAUUGGUUCCGGAAAUCCAGAACAUUUCAAUGGAACCAUUUCAAUGAAGCUGAGCAUGUUCCGUCUAUGAGCUGGCUAGUUCCAGUGAGGCAUUUGGAUCGUGUUGAUGUUCCAAAUAUCAGCUAUUGCUAGAAUAGUAAUCUGCUCAUCCAUUCAGGCCCUUUGGGCCCAGUCUCCCCGGACACACGCCCGCGCACCCUGACCACUUUUCCAUCUUUCACUCCAAUAUCCAACCCACAGCCAUUGCUGUGAAGGAAUGUUUUAAUCGGCGAAUGAACACCCUAGAAAACUCAAGAGAAAGGUUAAUAAUAUAAAGAUCCCCAUCAGGAGUCUCGGUGAGAUGGUCGUCACGUCGUUGGGGCCAGCCAUGUUUGUAUGGCUUGCGCGCACCCCAUAUGCCCUUGAUAGAGUCGUGAGGCUGGUUUGGAGCCGCUCUCUCUGUCUCUGUCUCUGGUUGGUGUGUCUUUUUCCAGAUAGAUUACAUCACGGAUCGCUAUAUAUUCAAAUCAAUUGCAUCUCUCAAGGCCGUAAUUGAUGUUGUGAUGCACAGUCAAAGUGACGAUCGAUAUUUAGUAUGUACAAUGGAUCUCUUUGAUAACAUAAAUAUAGUAAGCCAAAGACGUCUCUCCCGUCAGAACCCAGCGCCUAGAGCCCGCUUAAUCUUCGCCUCCAUUGCGCGUGAGUUGCUCUCAAUUCAUCUCUCUGCACGACAAGUACUGGCCUUCUGCCAUGUCAAGCGAUUUGAAAUGUCAUCAACGUCGUGGCAGAGUGAUAUUCCCAAGUCCGACACGUUUUCUGGGUCUACGAAGCUCGAGGUUAAAAGACUUGCGGGAGAUCAGUGUUGGGCGUGCGGUGCUCCCAAUCCCCAAGUCUGCCAUGUGUUUGGGAAAGAGGAUCCGCAGAUACAACUAAAUAUGGUACAAUGCAAUCUCAUCGACUUUGACUUAACCUCAGCCGAGAAUGGGAUCGCACUGUGUGCAGGCUUCCACGUCCAGUUUGACCAGACGGCUGACCCCGGAUUUGUUUUGUUACCCGUGGACUUGCAGUACUUUAUUGAUGUUGAGCUUGAUGAUAUUCAGGAGAAAAAGCUUGCAUUGAAGAAUGGGGAGGAUGUCGAUGUCCACCGAAGAGUCCCAACAGUUGUAGAAUACAAGGCCCACCAGCACAAUGAUGGAAAGGUCCCUGCCAACGCAAGUGGAGGAUUGUACCGACCAAAUUUUCUACAGAACUACCUAGUUGGCGGUCGCCUUCCUUCUAAUGUACUAAAUACCCUCUCAACUCCAAAACAAUGGCACGGCGCGCCGGUGGCAACACUCCGACGGGGAAUACUGGUGUUAGGGGGUGGUCGAGUACAAUCUCUGGACGCAGAAACUCGCUCACAACUUGAAUUGCUUCAAAAUUUGUACUUCCUUAAUGAUGAAGAGUACUCCCCAGCAGACCACAGCAAGCAGAUGCAGUCAGUAGUGCAACGGGGGCAGAAGAGAUCCCUAGAUGAUGAACAGGGCAGACGAAAUAAGUUGCCAAAGCUCAACAAUUUAGAGUAUGAGUUGGAAAAUAAGAGUGCGGAUGAAGACAUCACUUCCCGGCGAUGUCCCCCUGAUGCUAUUAUUUAACGCGCCCCGCAGUUGGGUAUUGGGACCCGGCCUGACCGCGGAGGAGGCAGUAUUGCGCUACGCUCCCUGUUGUCUCACAAGUGAGAGAUUUAGAGUAAAUAUUUACUGUCUUUUUCCUCUACCACCCUGAGCGGUCAUUCUGAUAUACCAAACAGCAUUCCACCUGUUGAACUCAAAUGCCCACCCAUAUCGCAUACAUGCAUACUGGUUUUGUAAGUGGUCUCGAU